CUAGGCUGCAUUUCCUUUCAUUUAUAUGAUUUUUUUUGGGUUUGGCUAUUAGCGGGAACCGUUUUGUUACAUUAUAGCUGUGUAAAAAGAAUUGUUACCAAUACUCUUCAGUGAUCACAACUGAUCUUCUAUCUCAUCAAAUGUUGUUUAAGCCAACUUUCUGUUGGAUUGUUUCUUUAUGAUUUCUCCAUCCUGCUUUCCCUCGAUAUUUGUGCACUUCCAUUUUCUCAGGAUCCAUUCUUCUCAACUCAACUCUUAAUGGCAUCUGUAGUUCAUGGAAUCAGGAACAGUUGCAUUCUUGCAUAUGUUGGUAUAAAAUGAAUAAAAUACAGACAGGCUCUCUAGGAAAUUCACGAGUUUGCAAGCAACUGUUACUCUGAUUAAACUAGUUUAAAAGUGACAAAAGAUCAAAUGAAGAAAAAUGAGCUAAGCCAAUGCUAAAUAUAAGGUCUAGGAAAUGCUACUAUAUGUCUCUAGCUCUGUUUAGACCUUUCCAAGCCACAUUAGACUCAAAAACAGUGUCUCUGUCUGACUAGCAAAUGUAGCAGAACAUACUGAUUUUGUAAAUGCUUUGUGCUAGUAUGAUCUAUAACAACUUGAUAGAAAUUAUACAAAUUCAUUAAUGAUUAUAAUCAAACAUCCAUCUUAAUCAAUUCUCUUUUUAGCCAACCUGUCCCAUUCAUUUCACCCUUCCUAAUCUUUUUCCUCCACUAUAUCUCUCCCUGUGAUCCCUUUUUCAUCUACUUAGGUAUUGUCACUUCACAUCUGAACAAACUUGGCACUCAUCUCCUUGGGUCUGUUGGGGCAAGGUCACUACAGGAACUCCGAGGCACAAUGCUUCUAGAACAGAGCUAAAUCCUGCAGACUGCAGUAGGGUCAAGCAGCAGCACCUUACCUCAAGGUCCAGAACCUCUAUCUAGGUGAAGAAAUCUACCACCAGGCAUGGUCUAGUUACCUAGGAACCCUGUGAAUAUUUGUGUCCUUCGAAUGGUCUCACUGUUGAAUCUCUAACAAAACAAUUCAAUGUUAGGCUCCGUUUGGUAGGGUGUAAAACGUUUUCAUGGAAAACGAUUUUACCUUUUCAACCGUUUUAUGUUAUUUGGUUUGGCAAGGGAUGGAAAACAAUUUUCCACAUAUCCCUCAAAGGUUGAAAAACAUUUUCCAUUUGAAAGGGAGGAAAACCACUUUUCCUCCCUUACCUCUCUCUCCUUUCUUCCCCUCAAUCUUCACCAUCUUUUUUUAACGAACCAAACAAAGGAAAACUAGUUUGGAAUUGUGUUUUCCCUUGGAAAAUGUUUUCCAUGGAAAAUCAUUUUGCACUGAAAAUGUUUUAUGCCAAACCAAACGGAGCCUCAAUGUUGUCACCGAUUCUUCAAAAUGCUCUUUGUACAAUUAAAUGAGGGUCCAUGAGCCAACGGCUUGGAUGUUAUCCACAUGGAUCUAAAUCAAUCAAGCUUGGACACACCCACAUUAUGACUUGUCAUAGUUGGAUUAGUUGGUCUUGAUUAACUGGGAUGUUGUCAUGUCUGCACCUUGUAUGAUAAUGUAGGCUAGGCUGUAGGACAUAAGGUAGGCUUGAUGGUUUGGAGGCCAAGCAUUAGCCUGGAAAAGAAGCACUAGGUCGCGGGCAUUGUGCUUUUCCCUUCUUUUCCUGCUGUUUCUCCAAAUCCACUAUAGUUAGAAUGACCAUGACCAUAUUUGUGAUAGCAUGAUAGAUGAUAUACUGAGAUGUUGAAGUGUAGACUUAGAGCAUGUUUGGUAUAUAGUUUUUAUGUGAUGGAAAUGAAAUCAAUUAACUAUUUCCAUUAUUUAAUGUUUGGUAUGAGAGGAGUGAUAACACAAUCCAUUUCCUAUGGGUAACCAUUACCAUUUACCACCAUUUGUUACCCCUCUUUACCCAAUGGUAACAACAUUUUUACCCUCCUUAAUCCCCAAUUUGUUACAAGUAAUUUCUUUCCUAAGGUAUACCAAACAAUAUUGGUAAUAGACUAAUAGCUAACACCACCCUUUCCCCUCCUUAUUUAUUUCCUUCCUAUUCCAUUUCAUUUCCUAUGUUUAUACCAAACAUGCCCUUACUGUAAAUCAAGUAGCUGGGAGGCCCGGCUUACCACCGGUCCACCGGGCCUGCCUAGGAGAUUUGUCAAUGAACCCCUUUGGAAGUUUAGGCUGCUCUUUCCCUUGACAGGACCCGGAAAAAAAAGAGCUGUUUAGAUUCUCUUACAACCCACGAGAAAUUUCAAUGGCUAUUUUCUAAACCUUCUGGUAAUUCUUCCGACUGUUCUUCGGAUAACUUCGCCAGUGGGCCGUGCUUCCACCGAAGGACAUGUUGAUGAUGGAAUUUCUUGCUCUAGCUAAUUCUUUCAUGAGGUGUGUUUGGUUUGAACUUUGAAGUGCUGCAGGUUGUAGUCUCUGUCAACUUCUAGUCUUCAGUAUGAUGGAACUAUGGAACUGUCAGGUCCUACUGUUUCUUAUCUUCCACAUUUUUGGCCACCCAAUAAUCAACCAUCCAAAGAAAUGGGCAUAGAGAAUUAUGAUUUAAUUGGCAAUCAAUUCCCUGUUAUUGAGGUUCCAGGACAAACAGGUAGCUGUCAAGUAUUAACAAACCUUCUUUGAUUUGUAGAAUGUCACGUUUAUUGACCAAUUAUAUGCUCUCGCAACAGGUGUGCCAAAAUCAAUGUUUUGUGUGAGUGUGACGAAAUAGCUUCUUGAUAAGAAUCCAUCUGAAAUGAGCCCCUUCUUCACUUAGCCUCUUAAUAAGAUGAGUCAGGAAUGUAGGACCGUUGGUUCGAAGCUAUUCAAGUAGGCCCACGGUAGGAACCCACCAUAUGUGAUAGAUCGGGCUUAUCUGGGAAAUUGAUUUUGGUAUACUGCAGUACUUCAUAUUGAUUUUGGCUCACCUCUAUACAAGUAGAACACGUAACUUUUGGUGUGCCAAAAUCAUUUUUCCUUAUUCUAUCGAGCGAUUCUAAGUAACUAGACCAUAUUAAAAAAAAAAAAAAAAAACCAACAUAGAAUUGGCUCAAGUGGUAAGCAGCUUGAUGUCGCUUAAGGGAGGUCUCGGGUUCGAGUCUCGCCCUAUGCAGAAACUCUUGUCGGGAGAUUCACCCACCAUAAGCAAGGUGUGCGACCCGGGUUGGAUCCGGAUGUAGUUGGAGCUAAGCUCCGGUGAACCGGAUGUGCUAUGCGUAGUAAAAAAAAAGAAAAAAAAAGAAAGAGGGGAGACCGUGUCAUCACAUGCAACUUCCCAUCAUCUGAUUAUAAAAUCAUCGUUACUAAUGUAUUUUUAACAACACAUUACUUGUCUCAGAUGUCUGUUGAAGUUUUGAUUUUGUCCAUUUACAUUAUUAAGCUAGUCAAACUAAUUUAAUUUCAACCAACUACAGAUUUAGCUUCAAAAUAUUCUUUAAUCAUCAUUUAACAUUCAUAUUUUUUUUUUUUUUUGGAGAGAUUCAUUUUCACAUAAUUGACCCAUGCUUCCUGUAAAAGAGUAUUAUUAACUCAUAGAAGUCGUAUAAAUCAAUACGGUCCAAACCUCCAAUAAUACAUACCGAUACGGGAAAACGGUAAUGCCAUAUUUUUUUUGCUUGUGUGAAUAAGCCACGAGGGCAAUAGAAAUCAAAUAUUGCAAAAGUCGGGUUUCGAACCCGUGAUCUAACCCUAACUUACACAAGUUUUCAGUCUUAACCACUAAACCAAUAUAUUAUUAGUAGCAACACCAUAUAAAUUGUAUAAUUAAGACAAUUAAGUACCACCAACCCUUUUAAUUUUUUUUUUCUUUGGCAACAAACCGCCAACUAGUUGACUGCAUGUUUUCAUGUUCAUACAGUAGACGCUCACACGUCUGAGAGAUGCUGAUGCUUCUCUGUAUUCCUCAGAAGUUCAAUGUCACCAAUCUUUUUUCUUUUUUUUUUCUUUUUUUUAAAAUAUUUCUUUUUCUGUCUCAUUCUCAAACUAUAAAUAGAAAGACCACGAAUUUCAUGGGGAAAAUUAUUCUCUCACCACAAGCACAUUCCGCCUCAUUUGGCCUAGCUUUAAACUAAUCACCCCUCCUCUUUUCCAACCCUUUCUUCUUUUUUCCCCUUCUUGAUCAAACCUCCGUUUUCGCGUCUUUCUAAAUUCUUCCAUUGUUAAGCUAAUCUUGUUAGUCUCACAUUAACAACAAGAUAACACAAUUAGAAGUUUUAUUGUCAAGUUAAUUACUUAGUUUCAAAUGCAUAUGCAUAGGUCUUCAUCUUCUUCGUCGUCGUGUCUUCCAUCAUUAUGUUCUCUCCAUACCUUCAUCGGUUUAGCCGUGAUCUUAUGUGUAUAUUUCACAUUACAAACCUCAAUCUCACUCCAAGACAAAUCCCUCCCAUCUGAACAAAUCAAAACUGUCCUCCCUUCUUCUCUCGAGUUUCUUCAACCUCAAAGACUCCAAUCCAAAAACAUCCGAUUAGUUGAUCAACAACCUUUCCGUCCCUACGAAAUCCCAUCAACAGAUCAACCACCUCCUUACCCCAAACCAGAAACACCAACACCAAAAACAACAACAACAACAAAAACAACAACAACAACAACAACAACAACAACAGAAACAGAGGUCUUAGGGGGGUUAGCUGAAGACUUUGUGAUUACAUGGGGUGAUCAUAGAGGAAAAUUCCACGAAAACGGUUCCCUUCUCACACUUUCCCUAGACAAACACUCGGGUUCAGGAUUCGAAUCCAAAAACAAGUACCUCUUUGCAAGAAUCGAUAUGAAGAUCAAGCUAAUCCCUAACAACUCUGCUGGCACCGUCACAACUUUCUACAUGUCAUCUAACGGUACAACCCACGACGAGAUAGAUUUCGAGUUCUUAGGCAACACAACAGGCCAACCCUACACUCUACACACAAACAUUUACUGCCAAGGAAAAGGAAACCGCGAACAACAGUUCUACCUCUGGUUCGACCCAACAACUGAUUUCCAUAGCUACUCGAUUCUGUGGACCCCAUCAAGGAUCGUCUUCUUCGUAGACGAUACACCAAUUAGAGAGUUCAAGAACAUGGAAUCAUUUGGUGUUCCUUUCCCUAAUAAGCAACCAAUGAGGAUAAUCUCGAGUUUGUGGAAUGCUGAUGAUUGGGCAACACAAGGUGGGAAAGUUCAUACUGAUUGGUCUAAAGCUCCGUUUGUUGCUUCGUUUAGGGAUUUUAGUGCGAGUUCUUGUGUUUGGGCUUUUGGGUCUUCUUCCUGUGAUGGGUCGGAUCCUGAAUUGAUGGGUUCUGAGAAUGGUUGGUUGAGGGAGGAGUUGGAUUCAAAGAGUUUGGAGAAGAUGAAAUGGGUGCAGAAAAAUCAUAUGACUUAUAAUUAUUGUAAUGAUAAGUUGAGGUUUCAUGAAGGGCUUCCUAAAGAAUGUACUAUUAGAAGGUCUAAGAGAGGAAGACAACGUCAAUGAUAUUGUAUUUCUUUUUUGUAUUUCCCUUUUUUUUUUCUUUUUUUUUUUGGUUGCUCAUGAAAAGAAUUCUUCUUGAGUUGUAAGAGUAAGCUAGUUUAUAUAUCACACGGAUUUAAUUACAAUGUUCA